AUGGUGGACACGACCAUUGCCAUCAUCCCAGCCAGCGCCUUUCGCCGUCUGACGAGAGUAUAUCCGAAAGCGACCGCUCAUAUUGUCCAGGUGAUCUUGACACGGCUCCAAAGAGUAACGUUCGCCACGGCACAUUCUUAUCUAGGUCUCAACAAUGAUGUACUGGGCAUUGAAAAACAGAUGACCAAAUUCACGACUCAGGAUCUGCCCAACGAAAUGCGUGGAGCGGCGUUGGAUCGCCUCAAGGACAAAUUUAUCAAAGAGCGAGACCGCCUGGGCCCGGAAGAGAUCAUCAAGGGCAUUGCACUCCACAAUCCUUCUGCUGGCAGAAGACGCCGGUCUAGUAGCUUCCUGAGGAAAGAAGCGGUUCUCCAUGCAAAGAUGGCAGCACAACCGAAGCGACCAGUGACCAUGGCCAACCCAGAGGAUAUCUCCGGUGACCGCGAGUCGGCAGGGCCGAGCCCCGGAGAUCUGUUGUCUACCAUUCAACUCUCCCGGUUUGGCCCCCGAUACGAACAUUUGGCUCCUAAGCUGCUCAGCCCAUUAACAGACAAAGAGAACCCCCCUUUUAUGGCUCCCGUUAUGCACAGCUCGCCAUUCCACCGAAAGAAGGACUCAGUUGACGAGGAUGCCCUGUUCAGAGAAUCCAUCCUGGACUGCAUCAUGAAUGGCAUCGGACUUACCAGCAGUACUCGCGAUGUCUUACGUAAGAGCAGUCAUACCUCGGGGGACAUAUCCCCAAAGCUUCUUUCAUACGAUUCCCGACGGCAGAAGGCUGUGUUCACUAACAAUGCAUUCGGCUUCAUCGACCCUUACGAUGGUUCGGCGGAUGGUGAGACGGAAUCAAUGAUGUCAAUGUCCAUGACCAGCGCCGGUGGGACGUCGCCUAUUGUCAACCUACGAGAAGAACUUCGAAACGACAUUGAGAUCGUCUAUUUCCCCCAGGGUUCAGUUCUAGUGGAGCAAGGGGAACGCCAUCCAGGCCUCUACUAUGUGAUCGACGGAUUCCUAGACGUAGGUAUCCCUGUAUCUGACAAAGGAGAUGAUCUUGUGGGCGGUUCGAGACCGGCAUAUGGCCCGCCACACGAGGAAUUCUUUCCGACUCUGAAGCGGACGACGACCAGCUCCUCUCGCGCAUCGGUUAUGACGAGUGCCACAAACGAUACUAAGCGGAAAAAGCAGUCUCGAAAGUCACUCUAUCUUAUCAAACCUGGUGGUAUUCAAGGAUACGUCGGAUCCGUUGCAUCUUACAGGUCCUAUACGGAUGUGGUGGCAAAAACAGAUGUGUAUGUCGGGUUUCUUCCAAGGUCAUCCUUGGAGAGGAUCGCCGAGCGUUACCCUAUUGCACUAUUAACCCUGGCAAAGCGAUUGACAAGCCUUCUUCCUCGUUUGCUCCUUCACAUCGAUUUCGCUUUAGAAUGGGUGCAAGUAAGUGCAGGCCAAGUCAUUUAUCAUCAGGGAGACGAGAGUGAUGCAAUCUAUCUUGUCCUAAACGGGCGUCUGCGGUCUGUUCUCGAAGGUACAGAUGGCAAGAUCACAGUCGUUGGCGAGUAUGGUCAGGGAGAAAGCGUUGGGGAGCUAGAGGUCAUGACAGAGUCGACACGCCCGGCGACUCUACACGCUAUCCGGGACACCGAGCUAGCUAAAUUCCCGCGAUCCCUGUUCAACAGUCUUGCGCAGGAGCACCCGGGGAUUACUAUCCAGGUCUCUAAACUCAUUGCUCAGCGGAUGCGGGAUCUCGUUGAGCUUCCCAUGUCCGAAAAGGGCGGCGAUCAUGCCAACGCUGGCAGCGUCAAGACCGCCGCCUCUGUGGUAAAUCUUCGUACCGUUGGUAUACUCCCCGUAACGGCUGGGGUUCCCGUGGUAGAAUUUGGCCAUCGCUUGCAGAACGCACUUCACCAGAUCGGCGUGACGAAUGGCGUUACCUCCCUCAACCAAGCGGCGAUUUUGAAUCAUCUCGGACGACAUGCUUUCAGCAAGAUGGGGAAAUUGAAGUUGUCCCAGUAUUUGGCCGACCUCGAGGAAAAGUACGGGAUGGUACUUUAUAUCGCAGACACCAACGUGAACUCCCCAUGGACGCAGACCUGCAUUACGCAAGCCGACUGCAUUCUGCUCGUUGGCCUUGCCGAGUCGUCGCCCAGUAUCGGCGAGUACGAAAGAUUUCUACUUGGGAUGAAAACAACGGCCAGAAAAGAACUCGUGUUGCUACAUUCCGAGCGGUACUGCCCUCCCGGGGUGACGCGCCAAUGGUUAAAGAACCGGAUGUGGAUCAACGGAGGCCACCAUCAUAUCCAGAUGGGCUUCCGUUUAACCCCCGAACCCUCACAUCCCCAGGCGAAACGGCUUGGGGCCGUUCUAAAACAACGAGUUCAGGUCAUCCAGGCAGAAAUUCAAAAAUAUACAUCGCGGCGGAUUCGCCAGACACCUCUCUACUCGGCACAAACUCCGUUCAAAGGCGACUUCCAUCGCUUGGGUCGCCGACUUUGUGGCAGGUCUGUUGGACUCGUCCUUGGUGGCGGCGGGGCUCGAGGUAUUGCCCAAGUUGGCGUCAUCAAAGCACUGGAAGAGGCCGGGAUCCCUAUUGACAUCAUUGGCGGCACAUCCAUCGGCUCAUUCAUUGGAGCUUUGUAUGCACGGGAUGCGGAUGUGGUUCCCAUGUAUGGCCGGGCGAAGAAGUUUGCCGGUCGCAUGGCUAGCAUGUGGCGGUUUAUGCUGGAUCUCACGUAUCCCACCACCUCUUAUACCACUGGCCAUGAAUUCAACCGGGGAAUCUUCAAGACCUUUGGAGAUAGCCAGAUCGAGGACUUCUGGCUGGAGUACUACUGCAACACCACCAACAUCAGCAAAUCACGACCUGAAUUCCACUCAUCGGGUUAUACUUGGCGCUACGUGCGUGCAUCGAUGUCAUUGGCCGGUCUGAUUCCCCCGAUUUGCGACGAAGGCAGCAUGUUACUUGAUGGCGGGUACAUCGACAACCUUACAGUGGCCCACAUGAAGGGCCUUGGGGCCGAUGUGAUUUUUGCCGUCGAUGUAGGUUCAAUCGAUGACAACACACCUCAAGGGUACGGUGAUUCGCUGUCCGGAUUCUGGACCGUGCUCAACCGUUGGAACCCCUUCUCCGCUUGCCCCAACCCUCCCACACUGUCCGAAAUCCAAGCACGACUCGCAUACGUAUCGUCGAUCGACAAUCUCGAACGGGCCAAAAACACCCCUGGCUGUCUGUAUAUGCGUCCUCCCAUCGACCCAUACGGAACCCUCGACUUCGGCAAGUUUGAUGAGAUCUACCAGGUAGGCUACGCAUAUGGCAAGCAGUAUCUAGAGAAACUCCGCAGUGAAGGAUCCCUGCCGUUACCGGAAGAAACAGAAGAGAAAAAGAAGCUACAACGUACCUUGGCGCCUCGACGAGCGAGUAUCUAA